AUGGCCGCAGUACCCAUGGAGUGGAUGAUGCUCGAGCCCUUCGUGUUCCGCAGGGACGAAGAUUCUUCCUUCCCGGACGACCGGACCGCGCCCUUCAGGGCCGAAGGCAUCAGCUCCCACGGCGGCCCCUUCACCGUCGCCUUCCGCGUCGUCGGCCCCCCGGCCAUCUCCCGCUUCUACCUGAAGUGGCCGGGCGGCCCAAAGGCAGGCUCUUCGUGCGAUAUUGUGGCGGCGCAUCGCAACCUCCUCCUGUUCAGGCUCACCUCCAACCCUGUCAAGGGGAAGGAUGAGGAGUCCCUGAUUUGGCCGCAGGAGUACUUCAUCUGCCAAGGAUCGCUGCACCAGCCAACGCUGCAGCUCCACCGGAUCCCCAUGUUCACCCAGCGCUCUUUGCAUCUUCGCUCUGUUGGCAUCUUGUGCCGCCCUGAAGAAAAAUUCGUGGUGGCGCAGCUGCGCCUAAGUGAAACCCGUUUGCCGGCGAAGAUGGAAGCUGAACUGUGCGUUCUACGCUCCAACAAGUGGGAGCUGCUGCGGAAUCUGCAGAUAAAGUACGAAGCCCAUGAAUUAUCUGACUUGAUCCAUUGGAGAACCGACAGAGUGAUCCCUUUCGAAAACUAUCUGUGCUGGGUUAGUUACUUCAGUGGAGGCACCCUGUUCUGUGACGUGUCUGAAAAAAAGCCUAAAAUCUCCCACCAUCGGCUGCCUAUUCAUGGCCGAUGUCGCGGUGCAGAUCUACACCGCUUGCAUGAUAUGAACUGCUCUUUGUGCACCACCGAUUCUGGCGGUAAGCUCAUGUUCAUUAAUGUUGCCCCGGAGGAUCAUGAGAUAGUUGGCCCAAUGCUUCCUGGUACGGAUUUUAUUGUCACUUGCCAUACUUGGAGGACACAAGACAUGGUGUGGGAAGAGGCGUUCGUCAUCACAUCUCAUGAAAUAUGGGGUUUCGAUGCCUCUCUCUCAUACAAUGCUCUGAUGUUUCCUCUUGUGAGUGCGGCCAAGUCAAAUGAGCUAUACUUUCUAUUGCCCGAGAAAGGGGAGCGUGCAAUUGACAAGGUUUCGGUGAUUGCUGUUGAUACUAUUACUAAGCAUGUGAAGAUUCAUCAGUACAUUGAAGGAGAGGAAGACCUCGGGGGUGAAGAUGAUGACAUGGUUAGGCGAAAGUCCCGUCUUCUCCAUCCCUUUGUUCCCACCGAGUUCCCAAAGUUUUUCUGGCCUCACCAGUUAAGGUGUGUUGAAGACUGCCAAGACGAAUUGACAAAAUCAAGCAACCAGGUCUCUGUUGGCUGUUGCUGUGUGAUGUAG